UUUAAUUUUAUGUUAAUUUCCAAUGAGUAUACAAGUUUUUUGCUAUAAGCACAUAUUGAAUUAGAGAGCAGAAAUUUUCAAUAAUAAUAUCCGUAGGUAUAUAUACAGAUAUGAAAACUAGAAGGGACAAUGUGCAUGGGGUUUGAAUCUGUUGGGCUGCAUUUCUACUCCGCUGUUUAAUUCAAAUUGACAUGACAUGCCCUAGCGCGCCAAUUCCCUUCUCAGAAACCCUCUAAUUACAAUCCCUGCUCUGCUCGCAAUGGAAGAUCUUGGCAGAUCGUCAAUGCGGUUCUUCUCCGAUCAGCGUAUCUGCUACGCCGAUAUCCUUCCUCCUAAUGAGGCUCGGGCGAGAAUCGAAGUAGCCGUGCUUAACUUUCUCAGGAUCUUGAACUCUCGAGACCCUGCAAUCUCAAGUCUCCCUCUGGUUAAUAGAAAAUGGAGUAACAGCCGAGUGAGUAAAGGAUUGUUGACGGAUGUUUCGCGGAUUUUUCUAUGCCGUUCCUUCUGUAUAAGGUCCUUGAUGAGAGUGAAGGCAACCAAAGCCUUCGUUAGAGUGUGGAAAGUGAUGGAGAUGUGCUUUCGGAUUCUGAUUCAAGAAAAACGAGUGACACAGAGGGAGCUCUUUUACUUGUUGAUUUGUGAUUCACCGGAGUAUUUCUCGUCCCAAUUAGAAGUCAACAGGACAAUCCAAGAUGUGGUAGCACUGCUCCAAUGCAGUCGAUACAGUCUUGGAAUCAUGGCAUCUAGCCGGGGAAUUGUUGCAGGGCGGCUUCUGUUGCAGGAACCAAACCAGGAAGUUGUGGAUUGCUCGGCAUGUGGAUCUUCUGGAUACAUUUCUGGUGACCUGAAUUUGAUCCAAACCUUGAUACUGAAGACAGAUGCUCGGUAUAUCAUCGUGGUGGAAAAGCAUGCAAUAUUUCAACGACUAUUAGAGGAUGGUAUAUCCAAUCACAUUCCUUCCAUUAUAAUUACAGCUAAAGGGUAUCCAGAUAUUGCCACAAGGUUUCUUCUUCAUAGAAUGAGCAGCAAGUUUCCUGGCAUGCCAAUUUUAGCUCUAGUCGAUUGGAAUCCAGCUGGGUUGGCUAUACUGUGCACCUUUAAGUAUGGAAGUAUAGGGAUGGGGCUGGAGGCUUACAGAUAUGCUUGCAAUGUGAAGUGGGUUGGUCUGCGAAGGGAUGAUCUACAUCUGGUGCCUGAACAAGCAUUAAUUCCGCUUAAGCCAAGAGAUCUGCAGAUUGCCAAAAGCUUGAUGUCGUCAGAAGUCUUACAGGACGAAUACAGAGAGGAGUUGGCAUCAAUGAUCGAGAGUGGUCAGAGAGCAGAGAUUGAAGCUUUGUUUUUCCAUGGAUAUGAUUAUCUAGGGAAAUACAUAGCAAAAAAGGUUGUACAAGCCAAUUACAUCUAAGGACAUAAGUACUUCAAGCCAAUGCCCAUGUUAUUGCAUACUAGCACAUUCAUUGCCAAAUGCGGUUAAUAAUUACUGUCUCGGAAACAAAGAUAUACAAUGGAAAUGAAAAUUUUCAGUUACAGUGUAUAACUGUAAUUAGUAGAACACAUCAUUCCCAGAAAAUUAACAAUUGGUUUGCCACUUGUCAAAAGCACAGAAAAAAAAAAAGGAUCCAGGCUAGUCAAAGUCAUUUCUCAUUCUAUUUUUGUAGUCGUAAAAGCAAAUCACAUCAUUACCUAUUAAUUUGCAGUACAUACCUCAUCAAUGGAUAAGCAGAAGAGAAUUACAAAUAUUGACAAAAUUGCAGACAAAUCACAUUUGAAAAUGCAACUUAAUCUAAUUCUAAUCCUGCCUCAGCUGCCAUAUACAGACCGUUACAGGCAUCUAAACAUUCUGACAAAAAUGUUCAGGCUCUCCCUGACGUGAGACCAACUCUUUUUCCCUCCACAGAGAACUUCUGGCUGCCUU